AUGAAACUUUUUAUCUUCAUCCUCUUGCUAUCUUCUUUCUGUGAGUCCCUUCCGCGUCCCGGAAGAACUGCGAAUCUUCAGCACAUUUGUCGAAUUCCGAAGAGAAAACGACGGAGGACACUGUAGAAAUCAUCAGAAAAACCACUUCCAGCUCAUCCGUGCCGCCCGAGAAAAGAAGAGAAACCGAGAAGGCGUUCAAUGAGAGAAGAAGAAAAAAGGCGAAAGUGCUCGGGAUUGCAAACAUGAACAAACUAGUAACAACUGAACAGUCUUUCAUGAAAUUUACUGAAUUUGGUUCAGAUAUCUGAUGACCAACUGUGGAUGGAAAAAUGUGAGAAAGUCCGGGAUGGGCAAAACUACAAACGAGCGGAUAUGAAGUAUGAAAUCCGAUCGCGCGAAUUCGAGCUAAUUCUGACGAAAGAGAGUAACAUUGCCGAAGGAUCGAACAUUGGGAAAAUGGAAAGAUUAUGGCCGACGAACGCGAAGUUUGGAUGCUCGUGUCCGUGGAAGAAAACCUUCGACGUCUGCUACUUUACUCCCGGGUAACCCACGCCCCCUGCUUUGUACUCAUUUUUUUCAGUGGAAAGUGGAAAUACUCGGACAUCAUUCUCGGAGUUGCCGGAUCCGCUUGUGGAGGACAAGUCGAGGACGGACUGUGUCUGCCGACGAACCUGCCGCCACGUCAGCCGAUUCCGAUCGUCCGGAUCACGACGACGACGGAAGCGGAGACGACGACGAGGGCCAUUCGGACUACGAUCGUCUCGGAGUGCGGACGGAGAUUGCGGACCUUCUGGAUCAGUUUGGCUGUUUUGAUUGCUUCGAAAUGGAAUAAAUGA